AGAAAGGCUCCCUUCCAGCGCGGUGGGGGAGGGGCCGGCCUUUGAAUUGCGACGGGGAGGAAGGCCUGCCGAGUUGUAGCCGGAUCCGGGGUGUAUGAAGAGUGGCACAAUUUCACAGUCGGAGAGGACCCAAUAGAAGGCAGAGGAGAUGGAAGAGCAGAGCCAAGAAGGAGUGGGAACUGGCAAGACAGCGUGGAAAGGCCUCCGUCCCAUUCAGGCUGGGAGUGGUGUUGAGCUCUGGGAAAGGGCUGUGCCAGGGAUCCUGCAUCAGGACUCUAUGAUCUCCAAGGAACAUCGCCAGCUCUUCCGGCAGUUCCGCUACCAAGAGGCUGAUGGUCCCAGAGAGAUGUGUGGACCAUCCAUGGAGAGAGAAACUAAGUUCUGUGAGGUAGGAGGAGCGCCAUCGGAAGAACGGCAGAGGGUGGAGCCUGCCCAAGAUGCCCUCUUACGUGGUAGUAGAGAGACAUUGUCGAGCUACCGUCUUUGCGGAGAAGUGGAAAUGGCAGCUGUACCUGUGGCCCAGUGUCCAUUUUCCUUUGAGGAUGUUACAGUGUAUUUCACCGAUGCUGAGUGGGCCCUGCUGGAUCGGGACCAAAAAGUUCUCUAUGCUGAAGUCAUGCUGGACAACUAUGAGAGUGUGGCCUUUGUGGCAUCCAGGAAUGUAAGAGAAACUAUAUUGGAGGCAGAUAAAGGCCUUGCUUCUGAAGAAGGGCUGGAGAGUUUCUCAAGAGGAUCUCAAGAGAGUACUUCCUUCCCAAGUGAGCUGGCUGAGAGAGAUGUCGAGGAGACAGUUGGGGAAUUCCAGACAUUCACACUGGAGAAAGAUGUGAAACAGGAAUCCGAAUGUCACUUCAGUGAUCAAGAUGGUUCAGAGAGGCUGGAGGGAAACCAUGUAGAGAAGAUAAAGAUUGAACCCAUUCCUUGCCAAGUCGAUUAUUUCCAUGAAGUAAUUCCAAAGACGGAGGAAACAAGCAAAUGGUUGGAGUGUGGACUGAACUUUUCAGAUCGAACUCAGUAUAAUAUACAUUUGGGGGAGCACCCUGGAAACCAGGUCCAUAAAUGCCUGCAGUGUGGAAAGAGCUUCCAUUGUGGAGAAGAGCUCAUUAGACACCAAAGAAUCCAUAUAUCAGAGAAAGUGUAUAGCUGCUCAGACUGUGGCAGGAAGUUCCCAGAGAAAACAAGCCUUAUUCAGCACCAAAAAGUUCAUUCAGAAGGGCAACUAUUUAUCUGCUCAGAGAGUGGAAAGAGUUUCUUUGCACAUAAGUGCUUUCUGUGUGGAAAAUACUUCAAGUACAGAUCAGCACUUCUUUUGCACCGAAGAACCCACACAGGGGAAAAACCUUUUGAAUGCUCAGAGUGUGGAAAGAAAUUCAGUAGGAAUUUCUGUCUUCAACAGCAUCAGAGAACCCACACAGGGGAGAAACCUUUUGAAUGCUCAGAGUGUGGAAAGAGAUUUGGUCAGAGUUUCCAUCUUCAACAACAUCUAAGAACUCACACAGGGGAGAAACCUUUUGAAUGCUCAGAGUGUGGCAAGAAAUUCAGUCAGAAUGGCAAUCUUAUAAAUCAUUACAGAACCCACAGAGGGGAAAAACCUUUUGAAUGCCCAGUGUGUGGAAAGAAAUGUAGUAGGAGUUUCCAUCUUCAACAGCAUCUAAGAACCCACACAGGGGAGAAACCUUUCGAAUGCUCAGAAUGUGGAAAGAAAUUCAGCCAGAGUGGCAACCUUCAACAGCAUCUAAAAACCCACAGAGGGGAGAAACCUUUUGAAUGCUCUGAGUGUGGAAAGAGAUUCAGUAGGAGUUUCCAUCUUCAACAACAUAUAAGAAACCACACAGGGGAAAAACCUUUUGAAUGCUCAGAAUGUGGAAUGAGUUUCAACUGGAGUGGCUAUCUUCAACGGCAUCAAAGAACACACACAGGGGAGAAGCCUUUUGAAUGCUCAGAUUGUGGAAAGAAAUUCAAUAGGAGUUGCAAUCUUCAACGGCAUCUACGAACCCACACAGAGAGAAACCUUUUAACUGUUCAGAGUGUAGAAAGAAUUUCACUCGCAGAUUCUGCUUUCAGCAACAUCAGUGAAUCCAUAAGAGAAACCAUGACAGAUUCACUUCAGACCGCAGGUGAGGGAGGAAUUUAUGGAGUAUUUUCCUGGUUUAAAAAGUCCCUGCCUCAGGAAAACAGCAUCAUAAUCAAUGGCCGUUUCCGCACGGCCCAUGGAGAGUGCCCCACCGCAGAAUUCUUUGCCGGGCGAUGGAGGCGGGAGGAAACUUCAGAUGGAAGCAUGUGGACUGGCCUCCAGAGGAUCGACGUAGGCGGCGAUGCUGACUCCGCGAACGAGCCGCUUCUUCCCUUUCUCUCGCUCUCUCGACUCACUGCAGUCCUCGUUGUCAGCCUGCUGCAGGUCGCUGCCCGCUUCACGCUGCCCCUCCUCACCUCCAGGUGGGGCCUGGAGGACAGCGUGAAGCGAAGGCUUCUGGACGGCCAGCAGGUCACUUCCACGGGACAGAGUUUAACAUCGAAAAAGGAGACAGGCGGUUCCCGGGCGGUGUUGUUCAGACCGCCGGGACAUUUCGCAGCCGGAAAACAACCUUUAAAGCACAUUUUCAGGGCGCGGCUGACGACACCGCCUCUGGGGAGAGGGGGAGCGACGCGGAACAUGCUGCUGCUUAGCAGAAGCGGCCGGGCUGUAGGCAUUGGUUCCCCUGGGAACGGAGGUAUGUGGGAGUCAGCAGAUGAAACUUCUGAGCACCCAGUGACCAAACAGGAAGAUGCAUAUCCAGAUGCAAAAGAGAAUGUUGAAUAUUGUAAGUCACUGGGAAAGGCAGGGGGAAAUGACCCACCAAGGAAUAAUUCCAGUCGUUUACAAGAUGAUGUCUCUCAUGAUGUUCCAAUACUUCAGCGAAUAUGCAAAGGAACCAAUAGAAAUGAAAUUAAAACUGAGGAGAAAUUCCCUGAAAAAUCAGACAUUAAUAUUCAUUGGAACACCUGUAACAAAAAGACGAUAGACCGUGAGAAGACUUUUGAGCAAACAAAUAACCUUACUUCCCAUCAAAGAAUUCAUACAGAGGAGAAACCAUAUAAAUGCCUGGAAUGUGGGAAAAGUUUCAGUCAGAGUGCACACCUUUCCUGCCAUCAAAGAAUUCACACAGGUGAAAAGCCAUAUAAAUGCCUGGAGUGUGGAAAAAGCUUUAGUCGGAAGGGAAGUCUUUAUUCCCAUCACAAAAUCCACACAGGGGAGAAACCAUAUGACUGCCUGGAGUGUGGAAAAAGCUUCCGGUGGAGUGGGCACCUUACUUCCCAUCAAAGAACUCACACAGGUGAGAAACCAUAUAAAUGCCUGGAAUGUGGAAAAAACUUCAGUCAGAAUGGAUACCUUAUUUCCCAUCUAAGAAUUCACACAGGGGAGAAACCAUAUGACUGCCUGGAGUGUGGAAAAAGCUUCCGUUGGAGUGGAUAUCUUACUUCCCAUCAAAGAAUUCAUACAGGUGAGAAACCAUAUAAAUGCCUGGAGUGUGGCAAAAGCUUCAGAGUUAGUGGAAGGCUUGCUUCCCAUCAGAGUAUCCACACAGGGAAGACACCAUAUAAAUGUCUGGAGUGUGGAACCUGCUUCAGUGAAACUGAAAAACUUACUAUCCAUCAAAAAAUUCACACAGGUGAGAAAAAAUAUAAAUGCCUAGACUGUGGAAAAAGCUUCCGGUGGAGUGGAAACCUUACUUCCCAUCAAAGAACACACACAGUGGAGAAACCAUACGAAUGCCUGGAGUGUGGGAAAAGGUUCCGUCGGAGUGGGCACCUUACUAGCCAUCAAAGAAUUCACACAGGGGAGAAACCAUAUAAAUGCCUGGAGUGUGGAGCAAGCUUUAGUGAGAGAGGGUACCUUACUCGUCAUCAAAGAAUUCACACAAGGGAGAAAAGAUAUAACUGCUUAGAUUGUGGGAAAACAUUCACUCAUAGCGGAAGCCUUACAUGCCAUCAAAGAACUCACACAGGGGAGAAACCAUAUGAAUGCCUGGAGUGUGGAAAAAGCUUCUGUCGGAGAGGACACCUUACUUGCCAUCAAAGAAUUCACACAGGGGAGAAACCAUAUAAAUGCCUGGAGUGUGGAACAAGCUUUAGUGAGAGAGGGCACCUUACUCGCCAUCAAAGAAUUCACACAAAGGAGAAAAGAUAUAAAUGCCUAGAGUGUGGGAAAAGGUUCACUCAUAGUGGAACCCUUACUUGCCAUCAGAGAAUUCACACAGGGGAGAAACCUUAUAAAUGUCUGGAGUGUGGGAAAAGUUUCAGUCAGAGUGGAACCCUUACUUCGCAUCAAAUAAUUCACACUGGGGAAAAACCAUAUAUAUGCCUAGAGUGUGGAAAAAGUUUCACUUAUAAAGGGAGCCUUACUGCCCAUCAAAGAAUUCACCCAGGGUAGAAACCAUAGGAAUACCUAGAUAGUGGGGAAAACUUCCAAGUUCAUACGUUAUUUACUAACAAGGAACAUACAGGAAAGUAAUGAUUGAAAUGUUUGUUAUGUAGAAAAAUUGCAUCAAACCAAACAAAUAGAAAAUAUUAUGGAAAUGGCUCAGAUCAAAAGGGACAUAGGGUUGAUCACAGGUGCUUAGCAGUUAACUGUGGGGUGCCUCCCAUAACCAGAGCCGCAGUUCAGGAAUAGGCAUGGGGAUUCUCUGGUGACCCCAUCCACAACUGCUGUUGGAGCAGGAGGAGGGCAACAGGGGUGAGACCUGGUAUGAGGUCAUGUAUUCCCACUAACAGGUCCACAAGAAGCUGCUCAGUGUGACCUGGCCCACCCAUGGUGACAGCCACCAACCACUCCAGAUAGCUAGUAGCAACUGAGGGCUCCUCCAACACUGGUGAUCCUAGAAUACUAUGUACAUUCACUUUUGCUGAGUCUCCACCUGCUCCCUCUCAAUGGCUGCCCACAUGAAUGAGAGAGCAGGAUGGGAAUGUGCUGGGUGCAGGUACUAUGCCCUGGGGCCCAGCAGUUGCUCCAUGUCCCCAGAUCCAUCAGGGAUCACACCAGCCACAGCAUCUGAGCCCAGACCAAGGCUCCCUGCCUCUCUCCAUCCCCUCUGGCCCCCAUCCCUGUGCAAGAUAUGGAGUUAGUCUGGUGCAAUGCUAUUUAUUUUACUUUUUAAUUAGUUUAAUUUAGGGAUUGUGAAAUGUUGGAUGAUAAAUUAGGUGAAGACUUCAUAGUUGCUACAGAGAGAUUCAAAUCUGGUUGCUGCUAUAGCACUCUGUGAUUCAAUAGUGGUUCAAUUCUAGGAUGCACACCUGCAUCUCAGUUGGGGAGAGAGGAGGGAAAGUGAAAGGAAAGGGGAAAGAGCAUGAAGAACACAUUUUUACCUGCCAGUUGUGAGAGAGGAAAAAGAAUGUAAUAUCCUAUUACUCGCUGGAGCUUGCUAAGGUUAAAAUCAACUGCCUCAGCUGGAGGGAGGGGAGUCUAACAGGUAAAGUCCUGCAUUUCCCCAAGUAUGCAAAGGACAGUGAUAUAGAGACCAUCACAUCAUUUGAAAGUUUACACUAGUGCUAAUUUUUAUUGCAUGCUUUUUCCUGUGAAAAUAGGAUCAGUUAGCACUUGUGUACACCAUUCAGGUUCUUGCCUAAUAAUAUGAGCAGUUUCUUAUUUUAAAUAAAAUAAUUAACUCAGAAA